AUGAAAUAAUAUUAUUUGGAGUAGUUCUAAGAGUAAGAUAGAUAAAUAAAUGUAAAUGGUGAUUUGAUGAGAGGAUUGUAUAUACAUUACUUAUUAAAUCUUUUUAAAGUAUAUUAGUUAUUACAUCAUUAUUUGUACUGUCAAUAGUUUUAAUACUUAUCAAUCGUAAGUAAUUAAAGCCCAAUAAUUUAUUAUCAUUAUAAUGAUCAAAAACUGUUUAUAUUUUUAUAAUUACAAAUUAACAAUUUGUAUCUUUCUUCGUCUUUAAAUCAAAAAUAAGAAAACAAAAAAAUAAAUAAUAAAUUAAUAAAAAUUUUACAUAGCAAAAAAGUAAUUCAACUAAAGAAUAAAAAUUAUUCAUUCGUAUUUACCUAAUCAAUUAAAAAUAAUCAUACAUAAUAAGUCAUGCAUUCUUUAAAAUCCUUGCAAAAUGUUAACAAGAUGUUAUUCUAAAAGAAUAUCUUCUCCUUCUCAUCUAAGGUUUAUACAUGUGCCAAAGAAGCUACUAAGGAUAUUUUCGAUGGUGCUAAGAUCCUUGUAGGUGGUUUUGGUGUAUGUGGUGUUCCUGAGAACCUUAUUAAGGCUGUCCAACAAAACGGUCCCAAAAACCUCACUAUUGUCUCUAAUAAUUGUGGUUUGAAGGAUUACGGUCUUGGUUUAUUGCUCAAUACUCGUUAAGUCAAAAGAAUGAUUUCAUCAUAUGUUGGUGAAAACGAUGAAUUUGAAAGAUAAUACUUAAAGGGUGAACUCGAAGUUGAAUUAACUCCCUAAGGUACUCUUGCUGAAAAAUGUCGUGCUGCUGGUCAUGGUAUCCCCGCCUUCUAUACUCCUACUGGUGCUCAUACUUUGAUUGAAUAAGGUGGUUUCCCCAUUAAGUACAAGUAGGGAUCUCACGAACCUGAAAUUGUUUCAGCUCCUAAGGAACGCAGAAACUUCAAUGGCAAAGAAUACAUCUUAGAAGAGACUAUUUUUGGUGAUUUUGCUCUUGUUAAGGCUAAAAAGGCUGAUAGAUACGGCAACUUAGUUUUCAACAGAACUGCUCGUAAUUUCAACUAAGAUAUGGCCACUGCCUCCAGAUGUGUUAUUGCAGAAGUUGAAGAAAUAGUUGAAAAUGGUGAAAUCGAUCCUGAUCACGUCCAUAUUCCUGGUGUCUUCGUCCAUAGAGUUUAUAAAUCUGAAAAUGUUAGCAAACGUAUUGAAAAAUUAACUUUGGACUAAGGCGACUAAAAGGACACAUCAGCUAGCUUCAAGAUUCGUGAAAAGAUUAUUAAGAGAGCUGCUUAAGAAGUCACAAACGGUAUGUACGUUAAUUUGGGUAUCGGUAUUCCAACUCUUCUUCCUAACUACCUUCCCAAAGGUGUCAACAUUGAACUCCACUCAGAAAAUGGUAUUAUUGGUAUUGGUAAAUAUCCCAAGCCUGGCUAAGAAGACUCUGAUAUCAUCAAUGCAGGCAAGGAAACUAUUACAUUGUUACCUGGUAGCAGUAUCUUCUCCAGCAGUUUGAGUUUCGGUAUCAUCAGAGGUGGUCACUUAGACCUUACCAUGCUUGGUGCUAUGCAAGUCAGUAAGGAAGGUGAUAUUGCUAACUGGAUCAUCCCUGGUAAGAUGGUUAAAGGUAUGGGCGGUGCUAUGGAUCUUGUCUAAAGUGGCAGUAAAGUUAUUGUUGUUAUGGAACACACUGCUAAGGGCAAACAUAAACUCCUCAACAGCUGCAGUCUUCCCUUGACUGGUAAAUCUGUUGUUGAUAAAGUUAUUACUGAAAAGGCUGUCUUUGAAAAGAGAGAUGGUGUUUUAGUUUUGACUGAAAUAGCUCACGAAUCUUCUUUGGAAGAUAUCAAGUCUACAACUGGAUUCAAUUUUGAAGUAGUUUCAAACCCUGCCAGAUUCUGA